AUGCGUUCUCGGGGAAGCCACAUCGACUGGUUUAAAGAUUCUAUCGGUGCAACUAUUGCUUUCCCUUCGGGCUCGGUGUGCACAUUGAGCAAACUGAUAAAAAAGCGUGCCUGCUAUGAGAACCAAGAAUCGGAGAAGUGGGGCCUUCGGUCUGAGGCUCGUGGGACGUUCGUCGGCUCUAAGGCAUUCGGCGACGGCCCAUCGAGCGGGCUUAUAAAGAUCCGUUUACAGUGA